CUGACGUCAGAAAUUGUUUCAUCGUUAGCAAGAAAGCUAACGAGGCAAAGAUAUUGGACAACUUAAAUGAAUACAUCAGCUGUAAUAGGACUUCAGACGUCUAUUGUCUGGUGAGAGGAUCACCAAUCUGGGAUAAAAAAAAAUCACUAAGGUGUCCAUUUAAAAAUGCAUCAGUGUCCUGUUUGUCCAAAAGCUUUCUCUUCGCCAUAUAAACUUCAGAGACAUUAUGUCAUCCAUACUGGCCAGAAGCCUUUCAUCUGCAGAAUGUGUGGGAAAGCCUUCACACAGUCUGAGCAUUUAAAAACACACUUACAGAAAGUCCAUCAUUCGAGGCUUCCAACAGACCGUCUGAGGGAUGGCAGUUUUACUCAUAAUCACCAGCCGAAUGGUGAUAAACCAGCUGCAGGGAUUAACACGCAUGUCAGUAGUAAUUACACUUCAGUGUCAUCGACUGUGACGUCCUCUGUGGCCUCCCAGUGGAAGUGGGAAAUUGGGACUCACAAAAAUUUUCUUCCUUCCUCUGAGAUUAAAAAUCCACCAAAAAGUAUGCCACAUGCAAAUGAUGGCGUGACCCAGAACAGUAUUUCAAAUGUUGUUUAUUCAAAACCUCAGAAGCAAGUUGAUUCUACAAAUGCAGACACAUAUGUAUGCAAUGCCCAUGAUGGAUAUACCUGCAAAAUUUGCUUGAAGUCAUUUACUUCAUCCCUUCACCUUUGGAUUCACUCACCAGUUCAUAACAAAGCAAAAACAAUUGAGAGGGGCCAAGACUUAGGCCAGACUUUCUCUAAAAAGGCCCCUUCGAAGGUGCAGUCACAAGAACUCAGCACCAGCGCAAGCAAAAUCACUUUGCAGCACCAGUGUUCAAAAUGUCUCAAAACCUUUGCUUCACCAUCCAAAUUGCAACGGCAUUUUCUCAUUCACACAGGGCAGAAACCCUACUUGUGUAUGAUCUGCUGCAAGGCCUUCAGGCAAAAGGUACACUUGAAAUCCCACUUAAGUACUGCAAACAAAUGUUCACUUGCUGCAAGCACUGAAAGGAAAAAACAGAGGUUUUGUGAGGGCAGAAAAACCUCAGGUCUGCAGCCUCAGUCAUCACUUCAACAACAACCCAUCAGCCAUUGCACUCCUGUGAAUUCCUCUGUGGAGAUGGAGCUCCAGUGUAAAAUAAGUGUGAAUGCUGUGCAGGACCUGAGCAAGACCGAAAUCAAGUUGGAUGCAGAUAUAAAACCAGAGCCAAUUUUAAAUACAAGUGGUCAACGCCAGAGUAUUUGCCAUAAGCCUGAAGAACAAGGGCAGCAACACUUAACACAGCAUGGCUUGAAACCAUUCCAGUGUGUGAUCUGCAACAGAUCGUUUCGGUUGGAAAGUAAUUUAAUGCGUCAUCGUGAAAUUCAUAGGAACCAAAAAGAACUGGAACGUCCUACCACUGCACAACAGAGUAAUAAUGUGAAAAUGUCUGAUUCUGGAGCAAUAAAACAUUUACCUGCUGAGCCCAGUCAUGCAGAUCUCAUUGACUUGAACGUCAUUGUUAAACCAGACACAUGGAGUGAAAAUUGCAGUAAUCACAAUGAGUCUCUUCCUCCAGACUCUGAGUUAAUUACAUCAGCAGAACAGCAUAGGGAAACCUGCCAUUCCACCUGCAAGCAGCAGAGAAUUAACACUUUGCAUCAGUGCCGUACAUGCUUAAAAUGUUUUCCAUUUGUUUCAAAACUUCAGAGGCACAUGAGGACUCAUACUGGACAAAGGCCCUUUCACUGUGAGAUGUGCGGGAAGAGUUUUCGUCAGAAAACACACCUGAGGGUCCACUGUCGCACUCACCUGUGGUCUCGAUAUCACAAACAACGAUCGCUGUAUAUUAGUCGACCACCUUCUUGCUUAGGUGGAUUUAACACAAGGACUGCAGCAGACGUAUCAGUUCAGGAAAUACGUAAGAAGGACUUCGAGACACGUCCCGGCAGUGAUGUAGUCUCUGUGAAACACCUGGAUCCGGCCCCUUCUGCAGUGUCUGCUCAAACUGACAACAGAGAAUCGGAUAGAUUGUUGCCACAUGCCUCAAAGAAAAACAAAGUGCACUUCAGAAAGGUUUCCAGAGUGACUGUGAAAAGUACACAGACUGCGAAAUUGAUGCAAAAUCCAGGCAACUUUCAACACAAGUGCUCCCAGUGUUUAAAGUGUUUUCCGAAUGCCUCUAAACUACAAAGGCAUGAGCUGGUACACACAGGCCUGAAACCAUUUCAGUGUCUUACGUGUGGGAAAGCGUUUAGGCAAGCUCCACAUCUCAAAACCCACGAAAGAACUCAUCGUGAGAGGAAACCAUCCAAGCCGGUCAAUCAACAAUCAACAGCAAACUUUAAAAGUAACAUAACUUGUCAAAAAAGGAAACCUCACACAUGCCCAAUAUGCCUCAAGAAUUUUGUUUUUCCAUAUAAGCUCAAGAGGCACAUGGUCACUCACUCUGGGAUAAGGCCAUACAAAUGCAACUUGUGCAGCAAAACCUUCACACAGCGUGGUCAUCUGAACCUUCACGAGCACAGAUGCAGACAGGAUAACAGGGUUUCACAGUAUAUUCAAGGAGAAACGAUAAAUACCAACUGUGUCCAGGUUAAAUGCACUGAAAACCUUGAUUGUACAGAUUUGAAUGUGGAUGCAAGAAGAGGACAGCCGGAGCCACAUUACACCAGUGUUGAUCAUUAUUCAGUCACUGAUGGAGAUUUAUCUAAUUGCUUAGAGGCAAUAGGCGCUGAAUGGCUGACAGUGCCACAAGUAAGUUCACAAGAGGAGAAUAAUGAAUGGAGAAAAAAGCAGAGAAACAGUUAUAAUCAGGCUACAGACCAUUAUAGUUAUUCAUUUCCUUCUGAACUUGCCUUUGAAAUAAAUAAGCUUGUCCAAAACCAAAACAUGGUAGCUCCACCUUUGUCACAUCAGUAUGAGGGCAAUGCACAUAAUGUGGAAGUACCAUGUCAGCCUAGAGUAGUUUCAGCCAUUUCAGAUUGCAACAAGCUGCCCAGUGAUGAACUUGUGAGUUCUGUGGUCGAGAAUCAAAUGCAGCCAGAUAAUAACUGGUGUGAGCCACUCACUGUGUUUGAAUGUGACAAGUACACGGCAAGUUUUAAGAGCAAAACCGAUCGUAAGCGACGUAUUUGUUCAACUAAAGUCCAACCUAAAAUGACCCAGAAGAAUCGUUGUAACAUUUGCCUCAAAUAUUUUGUGUCUCCCUCGAAACUUAAAAGGCAUUAUCUUAUCCACACAGGUCAGAGGCCUUUUAGGUGUGAUAUCUGUGGCAAAACGUUCACUCAGUCAACGCAUGUCAGAACACACAGGCUGACUCAUUGA